UCCGCUCCCAACAAAACACAGCACUAGAAAAUCGAUGACCUAAAUUCCAUAAAGAGAGAGACGGAGGAGAGAGGAACAGGAAAAUCCCAAUCCCCGCCGCCGCCGAGAUCGCCGGGCGCCGCCAUGUCCACUCCAGCCGCCGCCUACUUCGCCGCCGCCGCGCGCAAGCAGUACUUCUGCUACCAAUGCAACCGCACCGUCCUCAUCGCGGCCUCCGCCGCCGCCGCCGGGGAGCUCUCCUGCCCCGACUGCCGCGGCGAUUUCCUCGAGGAGGUCACCGUCCCGGCCCCCACCUUCAUCCCGCUCCCCUUCCCGUUCCCCUUCGCCUCCACCACGAUCCCCGCCGCCAGCACCGCCCCCGCCCCCGCCCCCGCUGGUGCCCCAGCCACCGGCUCCGGCGGGUCCCCUUCCCUCUCGUCCUCGUCCUCCUCCGCCGCGACCUCCCCAUCCAGGCACAACGAUAUCUCCUCCAUCCUCCACACCUUCCUCGGACUCCACGAACAACCCGGCAGGGUCGGCGGGGGCGGCAGCGUACGCUCCGCCGCCGGCACGGCGACCCCCGAGAACGAGCCGGAGCCCUUCGACCCGGUCAUCUUCUUCCAGAAUUACCUCCACAACCUCAUGGAUGGAGGCGCUAACAUCCAGGUGCUCCUCGACGACGCCAGCGUCAGCCUGGGCCCUGGACUUGGCCUCGGCCGCGUCGGCGGGGCAAGCUUCGGGGACUACUUCGUCGGCCCGGGCCUCGAGCAACUCAUCGAGCAGCUCGCCGAGAACGACCCCAACCGCUACGGCACACCGCCGGCCGCCAAGUCGGCCCUUUCCUCACUCCCUGAUGUUGUUGUGACAGACGCCAUGGUAGCCGCGGCGGAGGGCGCCGAAUGCGCUGUCUGCAAGGAGGAUUUCUCGCCUGGGGAGGUGGCCAAGCAGAUGCCCUGCAAGCACAUCUACCAUAACGACUGCAUCGUGCCCUGGCUGGAGCUUCACAACUCUUGCCCCAUCUGUCGCUUUGAGCUGCCCACUGAUGAUCCUGAUUAUGAGGGGCGGAAGGCCUCUAAUCCACAGCCGCCUGUCGGUAUCGCUGCAGCAGCAGCUCCAUCUGGGAGCUCUACUUCUGCUGAGGGAAGGAUGGAGGAGAGGGAGGAGAAUGCCAGGGUGGUUGAGAGGAGGUUCAAUGUGUCACUGCCAUGGCCGUUCAGUGGAUUGGGAGGGCAGGCAUCACAGCAGGAUGGGAACAAUGGAGGCAGCGGUAGCAACUCUCAGGGCAGUGGCUCGCAAGGUGGAGGCACACCCAGCAGCAAGAAUUGAGCACAUAUCAACCUGGAGGUUCACCUCUUGGCGAUCCGUCCAAAACCCUUCAGUAUUUAUGUGCCGCUGGUGACUAUACCUACAGACAUGAAAGAACCAAAGGAAUUUACAGUCUGUUAUGGAACAAUCUGUUCAUUUUAGCUGUACCGUUGGUGUUCAUUAGGUCGUGUACACAAGGCGCAAAAACUGCCCCCUGCAGCAGAAUCUGCGCGUUGAGAGAGUUCCGAGACUUUUAUGUGCAGAUUUGUUGAUUGGUCCUGCUUCAUUAAACGGUGUAUACUAAAUCCACCUUAA